AGGCGGUCGGGGGUGGCCCCGCGGCUACUUACCGGGGGCGAAGAGAGCCGGAAUCCCGGGGACCCGGGUCGGACCGCGGAGAUGCCCCAAACUGACACGACCGCCAUCUUGGAGACAGGUUGAAAAUUUGUAGAGUCCUGAGGCGUGCAGACUGAAAAAGACUUUCCUCUCUCACUGACAGUCUCCACCAUGAUUCAUAGCCUUUUCUUGAUCAACUCCUCUGGAGAUAUUUUCCUGGAGAAACAUUGGAAAAGCGUGGUCAGCCGUUCUGUUUGUGAUUACUUUUUUGAGGCACAAGAGAGAGCCACUGAGGCAGAAAACGUACCGCCUGUUAUCCCUACCCCUCACCACUAUCUCUUAAGUGUGUACCGGCACAAGAUCUUUUUUGUGGCUGUGAUCCAGACAGAGGUUCCACCUCUGUUUGUCAUUGAGUUCCUUCACCGGGUAGUGGACACAUUUCAGGAUUAUUUUGGAGUCUGUUCAGAGCCAGUGAUCAAAGACAAUGUGGUUGUGGUUUAUGAAGUAUUGGAAGAGAUGCUUGAUAAUGGGUUUCCAUUAGCUACCGAAUCAAACAUCCUCAAAGAACUGAUAAAGCCUCCCACUAUCCUCCGAACAGUUGUCAACACCAUAACAGGAAGCACCAAUGUGGGUGACCAGCUUCCCACUGGGCAGCUGUCAGUGGUGCCGUGGCGACGGACUGGGGUGAAAUACACCAACAAUGAGGCCUAUUUUGAUGUGAUUGAAGAGAUUGAUGCCAUCAUUGAUAAAUCAGGUUCCACAAUUACCGCUGAAAUCCAGGGGGUGAUUGAUGCUUGUGUCAAACUGACUGGAAUGCCAGACCUUACCCUUUCCUUCAUGAAUCCCAGGUUGCUGGAUGAUGUCAGCUUCCAUCCUUGUGUUCGUUUCAAGCGCUGGGAAUCUGAGCGCAUCCUCUCCUUCAUCCCUCCUGAUGGAAACUUUCGCCUGCUCUCUUACCAUGUCAGUGCCCAGAACCUGGUGGCGAUUCCAGUGUAUGUCAAACAUAACAUCAGUUUCCGGGACAGUAGUUCACUUGGACGCUUUGAAAUAACAGUGGGACCAAAGCAGACCAUGGGGAAGACCAUCGAGGGAGUGAUUGUCACCAGCCAGAUGCCCAAAGGGGUCUUGAAUAUGAGCCUCACUCCAUCUCAGGGGACACACACAUUUGACCCAGUUACUAAGAUGCUGUCUUGGGAUGUAGGAAAAAUAAAUCCCCAAAAGCUACCAAGUUUGAAGGGGACCAUGAGUCUUCAGGCUGGAGCUUCCAAACCAGAUGAGAACCCCACAAUUAACCUGCAGUUUAAAAUCCAGCAGCUGGCCAUUUCUGGACUCAAAGUGAACCGCCUGGAUAUGUAUGGAGAGAAGUACAAACCCUUUAAGGGCAUAAAAUACAUGACCAAAGCUGGAAAGUUCCAAGUUCGAACCUGAAGGGAGAGUUUUGCAAAGGGAACAGUACGAACACUUUUUCAUUUCUUACUUGUCUAACAGUGUAAAACAAUUUCAGCCUGUCUCCUAGGUCAGUCCCCUUCUGGACCUAACCGCUCCUAUUUUUCCUCAGCCUUCAGUGCCAUGGAACUAAUCAAGGGAGAAAAGGGUCGCCGGGGAGGAUGAGACAGAACUGAAACACAGUCAGCACCACCUCAGUUCUUAAAGAGCUGGGUGAUGGAGGCCAGGGGUACUUGAUACCAUAUUUAACUAUUUUAAUGUGGUUACCAUAGGAAAACACUAGCAUUUGUUACUUGCUUGGCUUUAAUUAUCUAAAGCCAAUAAAAAACUUCUUUGUUAUUGCUUUUUAAGGUGGAAAGAAAGUAAGGGAGAGAAAGAGGAAGAGAAAAGGAGGGAGAAAAUGGGAGGGUGGGAGGAAGGAAGGAAGGAAAGAAAAAGGAAGAAAGAGAGAGAAAAAUAGGAAGAAAGAAAGGAAAGUUUGGAAGAGAAUGAAUGUUAGUCGAGCAAAAGCCAGUUAAGGAUCUCGUCUGUGAGGGGGAAGAAAGUGGAAACAGUAUAAUUAAAGAAGUAAGACCACACUAAAGUGAAAGUGGCAAGACAAGCGAGUCCCACAUGAAGGAGGGCUGGAAAGAAUAGAGCUGAGUUUCUUUCCGAUCUCUCUACUUUCAUAUAUUUAAAAAAUUUGUACUUCUAGAAAUGAACUGGCAACUUCUUAAAUCUAUUGAUAUGGAAAACCCCAGUAGAACCUGAUUGCCCCUUAAAGACCAGGACCCUGUCCGGCCAGUUUUCAGACACUGGCUGCUGCUUGUCUUCAGUACUUGGUUGUCAUCUUCAGUGAGAAGGGGACUUGCCUUUUCCUGGUGGUGGUUGCCAGAAAUGCCUCUUUUUGUAACCCAAAACAAUUCUACUCACUUCACAGAAUUCACCAGCUUUUGCCUGUUACCCGAGGAGAGUUUCAGAAAAGCCAGUCCGGGGCAGCCAUAUUCUGUAUGUCACAGUAUCGGAGUGUAGGUGGCCUGCUUGGUCCUCAGGAAGGUGUACCACAACUCUAACCCAGUGAUUUCUCCUUUUUAAAAAAUAAAAAUAAAAACAUUUUAAAAUUGAUUUUGGAGGAGAGAUAGAAACAUCAAUGAUAAGAGAGUAUCAUUGAUGGACUGCCUCCUUCACACCCCCUACUGGGGAUCAAGCCCAUAACCUGGACAUGUGCCCUGACUAACUGUGACCUCCUGGGGCCACACCUGCCAGGCGAUUCCUUUUCAUGUGUCAGUGCUGGACUGGUCCUGGAGUCUAAGCCGUCUUGUUGGAAACUUUUUUAUCCGUAACCCUAAGUCAAAAGAAUGCUUAAAUGAGGAUGGAUUCAUCCUUGAAGCUGCUCAGUAAAGUUACUUCCUCGAUCUUUUAUUUUGUUCUCUAUAAUAUAUUUAUUAACACUAGAGGCCCAGUGCACAAAAAUUUGUACACUUGGGAGAGUCCCUCAGCCCUGCCUGCGCCCUCUCGCAGUCCAGGACCCCUCAGGGGAUGUCCACCUGCCAGCUUAGGCCCGCUUCCCAGGGGAUCGGGUCUAAGCUGGCAGUCAGACAUCCCUCUGGCAGCCUGGGAGCUCUCGGGGGAUGUCCGCAGUCAGACAUCCUUAGUGCUGCCGAGGAGGCAAGAGAGGAUCCUGCCACCGCCGCUGCAUUCCCAGCUAUCAGCCCAGCUUGUGACUGAGCAGAGCUCCCCCUGUGGGAGUGUACUGAUCACCAGGGGGCAGCUCCUGCGUUGAGCAUCUGCCCCCUGGUGGUCAGUGCGCGUCAUAGCAACCAGCCCUUCCUGUUCGUUCUGCUGUUAUGGUCAAUUUGCAUAUUACCCUCUUAUUAUAUAGGAUAGCUAUCCGCCAGUCCAUUUUUUUUUUUAAUCCUUCCCCCCUCAAAAAGUCCCCCUAGUCUUUGAAUAAAACUAAUGUAGGAAGAUGGGUCAUGUUGAUUAUGUGUAAACCAGUUUCAGAAACAUGGCAACUGCAGGAUUACCUCAGGCUUUCCCAACGGGUAAUUUUUAUUCUAGUUUAGUGAGUCUAUUACCCAUUUAAAUAUUUAUAUAAAAGGCAGGUUUUUAAAAAUCAUAGCUUAAGUAGUGAUAUUGUUGUGCUUUACUUCAUGCAUGGAGAAAAAUGAAGACACAUAUUCUCCAAACCUUAUAGUCUUUCUCUAAAGCCCUAUUUCCAAAAUACUUAAGUGAUUCUUUUUCUAGUUUUACCUUCCUACCUGCCGGACUUGUUUUUGCUGCAGAACAAUGUUGCUUUGUGGUUUUUCUCUGGGAUAAAUUGUGCACUAUAUGAUGUGUUUCAGAUCCCACCACUCCAAAAUUUUCUGAGUGCUGUGUCCCAUAUACACACCUACCAUGUGGUUGGUAGAAUACGUCGAAUCACUUCUCCUGAGGCCUCUGGAGGAUUUUAAUGUUUUACAGAAAACAACCAAUCUUGGUCCCUGAAUAUUCUUAGUGUUUUAAGUCCAGCUGUUGUAUUUCCUCCAGGGCAGCUCAUCCUAAUCUCAAGGGAGGAUGUUAAGGGGGAAUAAAGUAUCUAGGGGAUGGGAGCUGCAGGCCUUAGCACAUGAAGUGACUCUCACACCACCUGUAGCAGAGCCCUGGAGCACAGCGGGGUGGCACUGCUAUCGCCUGGCAGUGUGUUAGAAUAAGUAACGCAGGGUGGCUUGACCACGCUGUUCAGCUCCAUGUGUGUAACAUGUACAGAAGUGUCUUCUCUGUUUGUGUUAAUAAAGGGGAGUUUUACCAUC